CAUAACAAACCCACCUGCUCCAGCGGCGGCGCAGCUGGUUCUGUCUCUGAGACGAUCCGAUCUGCUGUCGGGACAUAAACAACGAGAAUACUUUUAUAUCAUUGUAUUUUGUACGAAAUAAUACAUUUGGGUGAUGUGUUCGGUUAAGUUUUAUGUGCAGGGCUCUCUCUUUCCCAGGCACAGUUAGCUUGUCUUGUGUUAGCAAGCAGCACGACAUGACGGCGGCGGCGUGUAGGUUUUGCUGAAUGGAGGAGCGCUUCCUCAUUGUUUGCCAAAAGGGGCAGUUCUGCUUUUAAGGCCAUCUCCAGUGAAUGAUAAAUACACAGACAGUGCCAGUGAGAAGCCCACAUAGCGCCAUGGAGGCACAGGCGGGCACGGGCUGUCUGAAUCUGGGCAGUCUAGUGAGCACUUUACCGGUAAUCCCUUACCAGAAGCUGACCGACCUGUACUACCUGAGCAGAGGCGGUUUCGGAACCGUGUUCAAGGCGCAGCACUCGGACUGGAGGACCACAGUGGCCAUCAAGUGCCUCAAGCUGGACUCCCCGUUUGGAGAGAGAGAGAGAAACAGUUUGUUAAAGGAAGCCGAGGUGCUCCACAAGGCCAGGUUUAACUACAUCAUACAGAUUUUUGGUGUCUGCAAUGAGCCUGAGUUUUUCUGCAUUGUCACUGAGUUCAUGAGCAAUGGCUCCUUGGACCUGCUCCUUCAUGAGAAGGACAUGUACCCUGAACUGUCUUGGCCAUUAAGACUGAGGAUCCUGUAUGAGAUCGCUCUUGGAGUGAAUUACCUUCACAACAUGAACCCUCCCCUUUUACAUCAAGACCUAAAGACACAAAAUAUUCUGUUAGAUGGAGAAUACCAUGUCAAGAUUGCUGACUUUGGUCUUUCAAAAUGGCGGCAUUUGUCAGUUAGCAAAGGCUCUGGUUCCAAACCCACAGAGAUGGGAGGCACAGUAAUUUACAUGCCUCCAGAGAAGUACGAGCCAUCAGCCAAUAACAGGAGCAGACGUGCUGAUGUAAAACAUGACAUGUACAGCUAUGCAAUUAUCAUGUGGGAGGUACUGUCCAGGCAGAUCCCUUAUGAUGAGAUGAACAACCCAAUGCAGAUAAUGUUCAGUGUGAUCCGUGGUACUCGCCCUGACACAAGCUUAGACAGUCUUCCUGCACACAUUCCCAACAGAGAGAUACUAAUCAGUUUGAUAACCAGCGGCUGGACUGCGAACCCAGAUGAGCGGCCGUCUUUUCUCAAGUGUUUGGUUGAGCUGGAGCCAAUGGUUAGAGGCUUUGAUGACAUUGACUUCCUGGAGGCAGUAUUAGAGCUCAAAAGGUCAAAGAGGAGGGCAGAGUUUUGCUCUGCUUCUCCAUCACUUCCCUGUCCUAAGAGGAGUGAUGAAGACAUGCUGAGACACAACCCCAUGGAAAGGCCUCCAUCUGGCUCAGGCUGUUGCUCUUCACCAGAGACUGAAAUCUCUUUACCAGGCUUUCUCAUCAGCAGCAAUACUCCUGACGCUUUGCCGUCGUCCUUCAUUGCCCCAGAGCAACCUCAGUCACUGAAGUCCUUGAAAUCCCCCGAUUCCACCAAUAACCUGAACGGACAUGAGAGCCCCGAGAACAUCAAGUUAAACAUUCCUGUCUCUGAGUGUUCGACUCAGCCAGAUAACAAUGUACUCAAGCCAGGACCACAGCAGACAGAUUGUUGCACACCGCCACGGCAGUCCCCACCUUUAAGAGGCCCAAUUGAAGAGUGGAUUGCUUCCCGUCGCGAGGAGAUUGUGUUGCAAAUGACUGAUGCAUGUCUGCACCAGACGCUGGAUGCCCUCAUAGCUCAGGGCUUAAUUAUGCAGGAGGACUACGAGCUGGUUGUGAACCAACUGACAAGGACUGCAAAGGUUCGCAAGCUUCUGGACAACUGCCAUAGACACAAUGAGGACUUCUGCCGCAUUGUUGUAUCCAAACUGUAUUUCAACAAGCAAAUGGGUCUGAAACCUUAUCCGCCUGAAAUUGCCUCUUUUUCGCCCACUGGAUCUAAUGCCUCUCAGCUGUCUCUCUCCUCCAUGUCCAGGAAUAUGUAGCAGCAACUAGCACCGACAAACUUUACACUACUGACUGUUGCUCUACUUACAUGUUUCUGCCUAAAGAUUAAACCCAACUAUAAUAAUAGAUCAGUGGUAUUUGUGUAAUCUACCAUUUUGGUGUAAUUGCUCUUAUGUUAUUUAUUAUUAUUCCAGCUUUUAAAUCUACAUUUUGGUAACCUUUGUAUUAGGCAAGAUUACUCUUGGAUCAAAAUCCAACUUCAGGCAUGUGUUCUACUGUUAUACCAUGGUUAAAAGCUGAGUGUCAGAUUAGAUAAUGUAGUUUUAAUAGCAUUUUAACUUAUUGGAAACUGAAACCCAUGUUUCUGUUUCGCUUUGACAUUAUUAAUACCACACGUCUGUCUUCUGCAGGAUUUAUAUACUUUUGGCACAUCAUGAAUAUAAUUCCUUAUGUAUAUUUAAAGUAUAUUAAUUUGCACUAAGACUGUUUAACCACACAACUGCACUUGACAGUCUCAAAGAACUGACCAAUGUUUUGUUACCCAAAAGUAAACAAACAAAUUGAACCAUGAACCAGCCCUGUUCACUGGAGAUUAGUUUCACUUUCGGUUUUGAGUUGGGCUGGACUAGUUGGUUUGAGGAAAUGACAUUCAGUAGAGGGAUUUUAUAUCAUCAUAUUUUGUAUAGUAAAAUUAAACUAUGUACAAUCUGUGCCAAAUACAAUGAAUAUAAUAAACAUUGCAAUACAUGUUUUUAUA